GGAGCCAAUCACGGCACUCGUUUUAUCCCCGAUACCCGGAUGUUGCCGUGGAAGGCUCAUCUACGUCAUUGUUCACCGCCGGACACCCGCUUGGAAAUAAGGAAUGGCUUUACAAUCGCUACGAACGUGCUUUUAACCACAUUCCAGCAAUGAACUAUGACCAUUGUUGACAGAUCCUCCGAAAAUUCUGACCACGAGUCAGUCGGUUGCAAGAGAUCCCCCUUCACCAGUGGAGACGGGAUGGACAGCAGCUGUUCCAGCAGCUGGGCAGUGGGCCCCACCCUCCCCACUGACUCGCCGCGGCUGAAGGUUCCGGGGGGCUGCUUGGGCCCGACGCCUGGCGCUGUCGUCUACAAUAGCACGCCUUCCUCCGUGGACCGACCCAAAGAGCAAGUGUUGUGCAGCGGCGAUGGCAUUGACAUGCCGCAGAAGGUCCUCUUCUCUCCCGAACGUCUUAGCCUAAAGUGGAACCAGGUUCACCGCAUAGGCGCCGGGCUCCAGAACAUGGGCAACACUUGUUUCCUCAACUCAGCUCUGCAGUGUCUCACCUACACGCCGCCAUUUGCCAACUACAUGCUGUCGCGAGAGCAUUCGAAAACAUGUCACGAGCCGGGCUUCUGUAUGAUGUGCACCAUGCAAAACCACAUCAUUCAGGUUUUUGCCAACUCUGGGAAUGUUAUAAAGCCAAUCGGUGUGCUGAAUGAGCUCAAAAGGAUUGCAAAGCACUUCCGCUAUGGAAGCCAGGAGGAUGCCCAUGAAUUCCUUAGGUACACGGUGGAUGCUAUGCAAAAGUCCUGCUUACCUGGAACCAAAUUGGACAGGCAAACGCAGGCAACCUCUUUCAUUCAUCAGGUAUUUGGUGGCUACCUAAGGUCCAGAGUUAAAUGCUUAAACUGCAAAGCAGUCUCCGAUACAUUCGACCCCUUUCUGGACAUCACUCUAGAAAUCAAAAUGGCACCAAGUGUCUCGAAGGCCCUUGAGCAGUUUGUCAAGCCAGAGCAGCUGGACGGCGAGAAUGCCUACAAGUGCUCCAAGUGCAAAAAAAUGGUCACGGCCUCAAAGAGAUUCACGAUCCAUCGCAGCUCCAACGUGCUGACCCUCUCGCUGAAACGCUUUGCCAACUUCAGCGGAGGAAAAAUCACUAAAGAUGUGAAAUAUCUCGAGUACCUGGACCUGAGGCCCUUCAUGUCCCAGUCGCAAGGAGAGGCGCAGCUGUACGGGCUGUUUGCUGUUCUUGUCCACUCUGGAUUCAGCUGCCACGCCGGGCACUACUUCUGCUAUAUUAAGGCGAGCAACGGUCAGUGGUUUCAGAUGAAUGAUUCCUCUGUGACCGUCAGCGACAUCAGGUCUGUUCUUAACCAGCAGGCUUAUGUCCUCUUCUACAUCAAGUCCGGUGAUGGAAAGAAAGAAGGGGACAAUGGUCACAUGACCCAUAACUCAGCCGUACCCGGUCAAUCAUCGCCGAGACCCGUGGUGAUACCCCGCAUCAACAGCGCCAGCCAUCACAACAGCAAUGUCGGCUUCAUCGGACCGCAGCUGCCCCCGCACAUGACCAAGAAUCCUCCCCACAUGAAUGGCAACGGAUCUCUGAGGGACUGUCCAAAGCCCAGCACCAGCAACAGUGUUGCCGGAAAACCGAACCACGGCGCAUCUUCCUCUUCUUCAGCGUCGCACCUGGUGGCCAGCCAGCCUUCAGCGAUCCCGGAGCACGAGAAGCGCCUGAAGCUGUCUUUCUGCAUCGGCCAAGGCAAACUGACUCGCCUGGCUUCUUCCUCGUCAUCGGCCAGCAGCUCCUCGGCCAGCUCGUCCUCCAGCUCUUCAGCCUCCUCCUCCUCCCAGUCUACCUCAGAUGCUCGCUUCAUCCCACGACAAAUUAACCACAUCAACGGCGCGGCGCGCAGUAACGGGGAUCAUCAGGGCGGCGGGAACGGCUCGUCCUUCUUGGUGCCGUACAGCCAAGAGUUGUCAGAGGAGUCGGACCAGGAGAACGGCGGACCCCUGGAUAACGGUUGCGCAGUGGAGAGUCACGUGAAUGGAAACAAAAGAACAGGGGAUGAUUUGGCCAAUGGGGACUCUGAUACGCACCAGAACGGAAACGGUUUGAAUGGAAUUACACACAGCAUUUCUAAAACCAUCCAAAAUGGACACCAUUAUGGACUUCAAAAAGUUAAUGGGCAUAAUAGUGUUGAAAAGGUCCCUGUCAGUACUGAUGGAAGUUUGGCGUCGGAGGGGACUUUGACUGUGAAUGGAUUGGACGCUGGCCACUGUCAACCAAGUGCUUGCAGCAAAGAGGCGUCCCAGGCUACUCCGGCCCAACCUGCUGCCAGCGAAAGCCAGAAAAUCUCUCCCGACCUAAGGGCCGCACGUGUGUCCUAUCCCCCGCCUCAGCAAACGGCCUGCGAAGCCACCUCUGCCGACAAAAUCCAUUCCUCUGCAUCUAGCGAGUCUGCGUCCAUCAGUCCUGCGGCCGCCUCGCCCGACUCCUCUCAGAGCGCCAGCGUCGCAUGCCCGGCUCUACCGAAGGUUCCCGAUGAAGUUGCGGACGCCCCGCCGACCAAGAGCUCAUCGGCGGUGGCCUCCGAAGGGCGCGCGGAUCCCAAGGAGCAGCUCCGGCCCAGUCCCGCUUCCAGAGGCUACGAAAGGCUGUCGUCGCGGGAAAGGGGCAGAGACCGACAGUACUCGUCCGACUGGAGCAGGGACAGGGAGAAAUAUUACAGGGACAGGAGUCAGGAGCGGGAGACUCAUCGCUAUAGACGGGACUACCGAGACCAUCAUUACUACAACCGCUGCUCAUACAGGGAUCCCGAUUAUUACCACCGGGACUGGGAGAGCGAGCGGCGCUGGGAGAGGAACGCCUACCACCCCAGGGAGCGGGACCGCGACCGGUGCUCGCACCACUACCACUUCUAUCACCACCACCACCGAUCCAGGGAAGACCGCGAUUACCAGCGCAGAAGUUCCGAUCACGCCUAUCGACAGAAGUCGCAAGGCCACUGGAGGCGGCAGCAGCAGCAGGACGGCUGGGAAGUUCGCAGGAUGAGGGACGACUGCAGGGACAGGGACCACCACCUCUAUAGAGAGACGCUGUCAUCGUCGACCGCGCCCAACAGGUCACCAUAUUGGCACGCUCUUCCGGGGUCGGAGGACCAAAAUGCUCGAAGGAGCGCUCGGUCUGUGAGCUCUGAGGAGCGCCACAGCAAAAAACACAAGAAGAGCAAGAAGAAGAAGUCCAAGGAUAAAGAGAGAUAUUGUGAGAGUGGGAGCUCCGACUCGGAGCAAGGCUACGAAGGAAGAAAGAAGAAAAAGAGCCGGCACCAGAGUAAGCAGCGCAGUCCAGACGGCCGCGGCCACAAGGCCCGCAGCAGCGAAGAACGCGAGUACCGCAAACGGCGUCACUCCAAGGACGACAGGCUGGACAUGAACAACUGCUCGCCGGACAAACGCCGCCGCCUUGACUACGACCAUGACCCCGCCGCACCCGCACACGGGGCAUUUCACAGCCACCUUAAUGGAUACACAGGAAACGGUUACAGCCAAGCCAACGUUGUCUCCCAUUGAUGGUCCGCAGUGGUGAGCAGCACCAUGAAGCACUGACUAACCCCCCCAUCCCCAACCCCCCUGCCGAGAUACAGCAGAGGAAUGAUUCAACGACAUGGUGCUUCAUUGGGACCAAAAAAAAAAA